CUCGCGCAUGGAUGACGUCAUCAGAAAGCGCACCUUGUCGCCUGGCUGUAACCGUCACCGUGGCGAGUAGCGUCAGCUGUCGCUUCUGCUAGUGUGUCUGUGGGCUGAACCUUCCCGCCAGUGUGUGCCCACCUCCCGGCGGGUGUCGUCCAGUGGUGACCCGGGAGGAACGUUAGGCGGGUGAUGUCGGAGAGUUGGGAGGAGCAGCAGUCGGCCGGUGCCGCUUCGGGCCAAGAGGAAGGAGAAGGCUCCGGGUUGGGCUUUGUGUGCACGCUGCUACUGAACGCGGCUCUCCUGGCGGUGUUGGCGUUCGGGGCCUGGCGGGUGUAUUGGCGCUGGAGAGGGGCCGGGACCCGGUCACGCUCUUCCUUACCCCGCAUGAAACGGAGAGACUUCACUCUGCAGCAGCUGCGAGACUUUGAUGGAGCCACCAACCCCCGCAUACUGCUGGCUGUCAACGGCAAGGUGUUCGACGUGACGGAGGGCAGCAAGUUCUAUGGCCGUGAUGGACCAUAUGGGAUAUUCGCUGGCAGAGAUGCUUCUAGGGGACUUGCAACAUUCUGCCUCGAUAAGGAGGCCCUUAGAGAUGAAUAUGAUGAUCUGUCAGACCUCAAUGCUGUGCAAAUGGAAAGUGUUCGAGAAUGGGAGAUGCAGUUUAAAGAGAAGUAUGAUUAUGUUGGCCGAUUAUUGAAACCUGGAGAAGAGCCAUCUGAAUACACAGAUGAGGAAGAUGUUCGGGAUCAUUCAAAACAAGAUUGAACUGUCAACAACCAAAGUCAGGGGCCUUUCAGAAACUGCAGCCUGUUCCUUCCCACCAACACCCAUGGACAUCUUGGGUGGCAUGUGUUUUUAACACUAUUGCCAGAUUUUGUACAAAGAAAUAAGAAUGAUGACCUUGAGGGUCUGUGAAAGAUUUUAAUACUAGCAGUCUAAUCUAAACUGCCAGCCAUGUUUCUCCCCGACACAUUUGCUGUAUCUGUAUAAGGAAUCCUGGUCCAGGAGUAAAAUUUUGUGGGAAACUUGUGUAUAGCUAUACCUGUCUUGUAUAUGAAAACUGUCAGCAGUAGCUCCAUGAUCUCCUGAUAACCUGCACAUGUUGCCAAGCGAUUUUUCUACCAUGGUACUGGCAGGUGGUGAUUAGAGCGCUUGAGGAGAGCGUACGCAUUGUGGUAUCUUGGGUCUUUAUCACUUCUUGACUCGUCAGUCUGCACUACUUAAACCAAUGUUUUCAAGUGAAGUCCUCAAAUUUGUAUGUACAUUUUUGCAAGCAAUUCCAGGUAUUGGCACUUAGUUUUGUUGAAGGAAAAAAAAAAGAAGGUAAAUGUUCACCACCAAUCCUCAGGUAUCCCCCCAACAUGUCAUAUUCUCCACACUAGAUACCGCUGGAAUGAUUACUUACCUGAGACACUGAAUACAUAUGGGGGGUGUCAUUUCUUUUUUCACUAAUUAUAGACCUGGAACAGAUAAUGAAGGUCAGGAGUUUUGUUUUCUGGCUGCAUGCAUGUUCCAGGCUUUUGACUUGGUAACUGAGUAAUAAGGUUGAUGGCAUAGAAGUGUAAAAGCGGGCUGGCAAUGUUAACUUUCCAUUUUUUUCUAUGGCGGCAGCUUCUCUUUAAAGAGGUUAGUCCAUCCAUAUUUUGUUAUAGGAAGCAAUCUGCUGGUUUCUGUCACCUUAAUUUAUAUUCCUUGUGUACUUUAGUGGUGAAAUCUCUGUCUCUCUAAACACUGCUGUAGUGUUUUGCUUUCUCUAAUGCAUGAAGAGUGGUCCCAUAUCUGACAUUUUGUAAUGGAAAUUUAAAGAGCAACAGAGAGCAGGCCCUCCUUAAAAUGGCUGUAACGGGUGGGAGGAACUGGGAACACCCAGCUGCAAAUUUCUUGCUCCAAGAGACAGAAAACACGAGGUGGAGUGCCAACUACCCUGCACUAAAAGAUCAUUUUAGGUGGCCAGAUCUUUAAAGAAAUCUCAACCUGAUUUGUUGGAUGUAUUUAAGGAAAAGAUUUUCCCUCCACUGUCGGACUGGCUUUGUGCCAACUUUGUCUAGUGAUUUAAAGAGGUUUUUAAAAAAAAAUCCAAUUGUAUUGAAGGCAACGUUUCCAGCAAAUGGUAGGAUAGUGUUAGUCUGGACUCAUGAAAUCAAUAUGAACCACUUUGCUGCUGUUGAGGCCUUUUAACACAUUGAUAAAGCAUACCACAGUCUUCUACAGCAGCACAGUUGUUCCCUAUGUGCCUUACUUCUUGCAAAGACUUGAAUCGCUUUAAGGGAAAUCAAACCCAAUAUGUAUUAGUUCAAGGUCAGAGAUUUGAUACUGAAGUUGGUGUUCUGUGUUGACUGGAAAACCUUGAUAAUGUUCUCUGUAAAUAGAAUGGGGGGAAAAAAAAGAAUCUUCAGUAUUACUGCCAUAUAUAUGUUCAUAUACAUUAAGGUAGCAUUAUAAUGGCCAAAAGUACCCCUUGUCCAUGGCACUGCUUUAUUUUGCUCAGAAAAGUUCAGUCUUCAUGUUUAUGUGGAGUAGAGUGUAUGCCUGGGAGUGUGUAUGGAUGUGAGAAAUGUGAGAUGCGUUCAGGAAACUGUAAAUAAGGGUACCGUUUUAAUAAAGCAUGUACAUUAAACCAAAUCUAUGUCUCUUUCUAUGCGCUUUGAGGAUGGAAACUGGUAGCAGUACCCUACCUUUUUAUGUAUAUCGUGGAAUGACACUUGUGCAUAAUAUAUGGACUAUCUAGAAUUUGAAUAAACUGCUUUGAUAUGA